CGUCUCACCACUUAAACAACUUCUGUAGAGUAUACAGUCUUCAGGUUGUGCUUAAACCAUAUUCGACAAAAAUACCGUAGAUACAGGAAACGCGGCUCUUUUAAACUCGCAUGUUUGAUAGUAUGAGUGAAACAUCCAAACAGAAUCAAAUACCAACAACUGCUCAUGAAAAGUUAAUUGAGUCUCAGUUAAUAAAAACAGCUCAAAUAUUGGAAGAUACGUUAGAUGAACAAAUUAAUCGUUUGGAUAAUUUAAAUGAUGAUGACUUGGAAGCUAUUCGACAACUUCGAAUUAAGCAAAUGAAAGAAGAAUCAAAACAACGUUCUGAAUGGUUAGCUUUAGGACAUGGUGUUUAUUCUGAAUUAUCAAAUGAAAAAGACUUUUUUACUACCUGUAAAACAUCAUCAUUUGGUCUUGUUUGUCAUUUUUAUCGUGAUUCAACAUUUCGAUGUAAAAUUCUAGAUAAACAUUUAAGCUUAUUAGCUCCAAAACAUAUUGAAUGUAGAAUGGUAAAGAUAAAUGCAGAGAAAGCACCAUUUUUAACAAAACGUUUAAAUAUUCUAGUUAUACCAACUUUAAUUCUUGUUAAAAAUGAAAAAGUAUACGAUCGUAUUGUUGGAUUUGAUGAACUUGGUGGUCAUGAUGAAUUUUCUACUUCUAUGCUUGAAUGGCGUUUAGCUGUUAGUAAAGUGAUUAAAUAUUCUGGUGAUUUAACAGUUCCACCAAAUAUGAACAAAAACAAGUCUACAUGUAGUAAUUUAUCGAAUAUCACUAAAAAACUAUAUGACAAUAAAUCUAUAUAUAGUAAAUGUUUGGACAAUAACACUGAUGAUGAUGACGACGACGAAGAUAGUGAUUAAUUAAAUAUUGUUACGCUAGUUGUAACUUUCUCAUUGUCUAUGUAACAAACUAGUUUUAUGUGGCAUGUUUUUUUUUAGAAAAAAUUUUCAUUUGUAACCAUUAUCUUUAUAUUCACAUGUAAAUUUACAUGUGAAUAUAAAUGAUAAAUCAUAUUUAACUUGUGAAUAAUGUGUCUUUGAAUUUUUGACUUCUCUAAUGUUAAGAAGAGAAAAUGAAGGAAUACACCUUCUAAUGGUUGAUUAUCACUUUAUUGUAAUAGAAGGAUAAUGUUUUUCUCUCUAUAUUUAUUUGUAAAUAUUAUGUUUACAUCUUUGUUUAAUUUUCAUAUAUUUCAUAUUGUGUUGUAUAUUUUUCAUAUAUAGUAAUAUGAGUAAUCUUAUUUAUCUCUUUGAUUUUUGUCCCAGUCUUUUUAACCAAUAUGAAAUGAUUCAAAGUUGUUUUUCUUAUAACUUAUCAAAUAGUAUUAUAUACAUUAUGUAAAGAAAGUUCCUUACUUGUACAAUUUCUCAUGGCGGGGGGGGGUGUUGUUUACAAAAUGGAAAGGACG